CAUUGUACUGUUAUCAUGAUAAAAAAACACUGGGCCGGGGCCCAAAGGCUCCAUAAAGAAACCCAGAGAGGCUUAAAUGGAGCCUGUGACUGACAUCCGUCGCGAUGUCGGCGAGAGGGCUGUAAUCAGAGCUGGCUUCAUGCAGACAGAGGGACCGUCCGCCGUUGACGAAAAGAAUCUGGCACCAGCUCCGCGCUGGAGGGUUACACACAAUAGGAGGACACAGCCGUCUAUUCUAGUUGCUUUACAAAGUCUUGGCGCGUGACACGAGAACCGCGCUCCGCAUCGGAGGACGCGUACGUGCCACGGCUCCAUCAGCCAAACCCAGCGCCUGCCUCCGAAAUGCUCCUCCACCUCCACCGAUUGAUGCUAUUGAAGAUUCUGGUGAUAUUAUCGUUUUUUUUUACUCCUUCACCGUUUUCAAAUGUGAUGGAUGAGCAGUCGGCCACAGCUGAAAAUCCUGAUUUGAGGCUUGUAAAAAAACGCCAUGGACCCUGGGAGUGUACGUGUAUGAUUAUGGAAGCAUCCCUGUGCCUCAAAUGAGUGGGUACGACAUGUCAACGCCGUGAUACCGACCAAGAUUGUUCCCAUCCACAUGUCUGGCUCCGUUUUUUUUUUUUUUUUUUUAUUCGCGUCCCUGCGUUCGUCAGCGAUGCCUCCGCGUGCCCUGCACCAGAGGUCACGUCCACGUUAAUGAGCUCUAAUCCCAUCAUCUUGUUCUCCCUCAAGAGGGCAGUGUUUGAGUGAAAGAGUCUGCAUCUGUCAGCACUCUUCAAAUCACUGGGAUGUGAACGGUGCCAGGACUUUGGAUACAUGCAGCCCUGCGUGCUAUAAUUUCUAAUUUAAACCAGAUUCGGAGAUAUGGAAUAUUGUUUUCCCUCUUGUUGCUGUAGAACAGCGUACAGGAGGAUUUCUCACAACAAAAACACGAAUAAAUCAAUUAGGACAUGGAGAGAACGAGGCGCAGCUGUUAUCUUUAGAGCUGAACAUCCCAUUAGUCUGGAUGUUCCUGUCCGGGGCCGUAAAAUGUGAGCUCUGAAUGAUUAAGCCUGUGAUUCAUAAUGCAGCAGUCCAAAUAAAUCACCUUGAACACGCCCGAAUGCUUUUGACGCACGUAAUGCUGCGGAAAUCAUUACGGGGGCGAAGACGCGUUUGUGUUCUUAUCUCCAACAGCAACAGCCGCGCAGAGACUUGCGCUGUUUGCCUCCUCUCUUCAUCUCCACCCAGGUUCAUGUCACCGUCCUCCUCAUCCCUUCCCACCUCGCCGCAUCCCCCGUUUCUCAAUGAACGCUGCGCCCAGGUCCGACCCCUCCCACUGCGUGGAAGCCUUUUAAUUGUCAGCCUCGACGAGACCUCGCGCCGGCUCAAAUACCGUGGAACUGAGAGACUUGUCCAAGCGGGCACCUCCUCACUCCGCGUCUCUCUCGUCCUGCGCGCGCGCGUUAUCCGCUUCAUUCGAACGACGAGGAUGCAGGUGUCCCUGGCGCUCGUCGUCUCCAGCCUGGCGCUGCUGCUGCUCCAGGGGUGCUGCACCGCCGCGAAGGCUUGGAGGGUGUUGAAGAACGACGCCACGGAGGUUUUACCGGAGUACACGGAGAACGCGCGCCCGGAGGCGACGCACGCGUCCGGCGCACGGAAUAGCAGCAACGGCAACUCCAUGAAUAACAGGGCGAAAGUUGGCGGACGGACGCCGAACACGGUCUCUUACAGUGCCUCGGAGAUGAGCUGCAGGGAGCUGCGUUCCACCCGCUACAUCACGGACGGGUCCUGCCGCAGUGCCAAACCCGUGAAGGAGCUGGUGUGUUCGGGCCAGUGCAUGCCGGCGCACCUCAUGCCCAACUCCAUCGGCCGCGGCAAGUGGUGGCGGAGCGGCGCCACGGACUACCGCUGCAUCGCCGCGCACUUUCGGACGCGCCGGGUCCAGCUGCAGUGUCCGAGCGGCACCGCCCGGACUUACAAGAUCCGCGUGGUCACCGCCUGCAAGUGCAAGCGCUUCAGGCCCCACCACAACCAGUCUGUGGCCAAAGAGGUCCCGAAGGCGCAGCGCAACAAGAAGCGCAGUCGGCCUCAGGAUCGGAACAAGAACAGCACGCCGGUGAUGGGCAACGCGUACUGACCGGCAGCAGCAACAGGGACAGAGACCACGCACAGUCACACACACGCCACACACACACCAACAUGUCUCCUCCGAACCGGGAGGAGAUGCAAGAGAAUUCAAGAGAGCGAACCCAUAAGCUAGUGCUGGGCUGGGAGCGAGCGCAGCAUCGUUGCAUGACAAAUUAGCUGGUCGGCGCAGAGGACGUCGGAUCAUAGUCGUAUCCGAUCGCCCCACUCGUUGCGCUCGGCUCUGUCUUCCACUCGCGCAGAUUUCUUUAAAGCAUAGCGAGACCUCCCCGAGGCUCGGCGCUCAUCUGUACAAACAUCCAGCGGCUCCGUUCGGAGCUGAGGCGCGUUUCCGCUCCAAAGUGGCUCUCAUCCAUCUCCGUCUGGAGUCGGUGGCAGCUGUGGGGCUCCGGCGGCGGGAUGUUGACAGGUCUGCAGAGCGCGCGGCCUCUGACGGCCUCAGGCUGCAGCGCCGCUCCACAGCCAGGCAGAGAAGGUCCACGUGGCCGUGGGCUUUCCUGUGACGCCUCAAUUACUAAAUGAGAUUUGAGUCAUAAGAAGCUAUUUCCUCCAGCUACUUCCUGUUUGCUGGAGUCACCCAGCAUGUGUGAGGGAGGCAUCAGGAAACCGCAUGGUCGUCCAGCACUCACUAGAUUCCUUUUAGCCACGGGCCGAAAGCCAGCGAUUAACCCUCGGCAGCCGAGCUCCAUCCGCCGUGUGCGAGUUCCCAGACACCUCCAGUCCUUCGCUGCCGUUCCUUAAAUAGCUCAAACAGGAAAGACAGCAGCGAGACAAUAAUUCAGUUUUUAUCAUCGUGCUGACGGGUGACAUCCGGCAGGAAGUGGAAGGGGCAGUGCCCAGUCUUGGGCGCAGCUGACUCCACCGCAAGUGUCCACGUUUCCAUACAGCAUCGGGCUGUUUCCGCCUCAUGAACCCGGGUUUGCUUCAUUUCUGACUCCUCUGCCUGACGUAAUGACUGGGACAGGCUCUGUCUGAGCGGAGGGACGCACGCGGGCCACGUUCACCUGUGUGGGGCUCACCUUAAGGGGAUGAUGGAGGGAAGCGGGGGGGGGGGCAUUUUCCACUCACAAAGAAGGACCGUUGAAAAGAAAGAACUGCAUAUUUAUUUUUAUUUCCACAUUUAAAUUAUUUAUGCAACUUUUGUAGUAAAUGAUAGCCAUUAUUGUCAUAUAGUGUGAUAGAGACUUUGGAAAUGAAAUACUGUACAGUACAUUAAUAAAGUAAAGACGGAUAUAUUUGAAACAAA